AUGCCAGACGAUAGGCUUCGGCGGCACUUUCGCCUGAAGAAAGAAACUGUGCGGUGGCUUUGCGACGAAGUGGCGGAGGAACUUGGAGGCGUGAGAACUUCAGCGCUGUCGGUGGAGCGGCAAGUGUUGUGCGCGUUGCGAUUCUUCGCAACGGGCAGCUUUCAAGCCUCGGUAGGGAGCGAGGAGACGAUCGGCAUGACCCAGGCUGCGGUCAGCAAGUGUGUGCGACGCGUGGCGGAGGCAAUCGUCCACGCCGGGGCCCGCAACAAGUGGGUCCAUUUCCCGAGGACGUCGGAGGAGAAGGCGGCCGUGAAGGAAGGGUUCCUUCGACGCGGCUCCAUUCCGGGCGUCAUCGGAUGCGUGGACGGCAGCCUGAUAGCCAUCAUCGCACCGAAGGGCGAGCAGAAGGCGGCAUUCAUGUGCCGCAAAUGCUACUUCGCCUUCAACUCAAUGUUCAUCGGCGACGCAGGCAUGCGGAUCCUCGCCGUCCACGCUCUGCGACCGGGGUCAGACCACGACACCCACGUCUGGAGAACUACGUGGUUGCGUCGUCGGUUCUUGGAGGGGCAUAUUGCCAAGGCCGGCGAACACCUCCUCGGUGACAGCGGCUACCCCCGGAACCAUGGCUCCUGA